AUGAUUUAUAGUUCUGUAUCAUCUCCCGUCAAUAUUGCCGUAAGUAACUCAAUCAAUUCCUAUCAAUUCGUAUUAACAUCAUUCUAGACUUUGAAAUAUUGGGGUAAACGUGAUUCAAAAUUAAAUUUACCCACAAAUUCAUCAAUUUCAGUAACAUUAUCCCAAAAUGAUUUAAAAACAACUACAACAGCAUAUGCAAGUAGUGAAUUCAACGAAGAUAGAUUAUUCUUGAACGGGAAAUUAGAAUCUUUAGACUCUGAAAGAACUCAAGCUUGUUUAUUAGAUUUAAGAACUUUACGUAAACAAUAUAAAGAUGAUGGUGUUGCUGAAUUGAAAUUAACUAUCGUUUCUGAAAAUAAUUUCCCUACUGCUGCUGGGUUAGCUAGCUCUGCUGCUGGAUUCGCUGCUUUAAUUUAUUCAAUUGCAAAGUUAUAUGACUUGCCAUCUGAUUUGUCUGAAUUAUCUAAAAUUGCAAGAAAGGGAUCUGGAUCAGCUUGUAGAUCCUUAUUUGGUGGAUUUGUAGCAUGGGAAAUGGGUGAAAAAGAAGAUGGAUCAGAUUCUAAAGCUGUUGAAAUUGCUCCUAUUUCUCAUUGGCCAAGCUUAAAAGCUAUUAUAUUGAUUGUUUCAGAUGAUAAGAAGGAUACUCCAAGUACGGUGGGAAUGCAAACAACUGUGAAAACUUCAGACCUUUUCCAAUAUAGAAUUAGGGAAGUAGUUCCUAAGAGAUUUGAAGAAAUGAAACAAGCUAUUUUAGAUAAAGAUUUUCCAUCAUUUGCUGAGUUGACUAUGAAGGAUUCAAAUUCAUUUCAUUCAGUUUGUUUAGAUUCUUAUCCUCCUAUUUUUUAUUUAAAUGAUGUAAGUAAGCAUUGCAUCAAAAUUGUGCAAGAUAUAAAUAAAGAAGAAAUUAUAGCUGCUUAUACUUUUGAUGCUGGUCCAAAUUGUGUUGUUUAUUAUGAUGAAAAAGAUGAAGACAAGGUUUUAGGUGAAGUGUAUAAAUAUUAUGGUAAUGUAAAUGGAUGGGGUAAUAAAAAAUAUGAAAUUACAAAUGAAAGAAGUGGGAUUAAUAGAGUUAUUUUGACUUCUAUAGGUGAUGGAGUUAAAGAAAUUGAAGAAAUUUUAUCAAUACCUAAUUGA